AGGACUGGAAGGGCUAUGCAAGUGUCGAGGGCUUGAUGCAGGGGGGGGGUUCAAGAAGGCUCGAUACGUGUUUUAUUAUUUUAAAGGGUGGCACACACAAAGAUUCACAGAGUACACAGCCAACAUGCUUUGCCACGUUACUCGGCCGGAUUCGGUGGUGAUGGAAGUGGAAGUUGAUGCGAAGGCAAACGGGGAAGACUGUCUGAAUAAGGUUUGCAGAAAGUUGGGCAUAAUUGAAGUGGACUACUUUGGGCUGCAGUUUACAGGCAGCAAAGGAGAGAACCUGUGGCUGAAUCUGAGGAACCGCAUCUGCCAGCAGAUGGACAAUGUGACGCCCUGUCGACUGAGGCUGCGCGUCAAGUUCUUUGUGGAGCCCCAUCUCAUUCUGCAGGAACAGACGAGACACGUCUUCUUCAUGCAUGUGAAGGAGGACCUCCAUAACGGUCACCUACGUAUGGGCUCGGAACAAGCAGAGGAGCUGAGCGCACUGCUGGCACAGGCCGAGUUCGGCGACUACAACCAGAACACGGCCAAGUACUGGUACUCCGAGCUGUGUGGAGAGGAGCCCAGCACUGCAACCAUCAACAGUAUCGUAUCCAGACACAAGGCUCUGGAGGGUUUGAGUCAGGGCUCAGUGGAGUACCAGGCCCUGCAGCUGGUCUCCUCUCUGGAGCAUUACGGCGUGGAGUGGCACUGGGCUCGGGAUGCAAAUGGUCAACGGUUGGCCAUUGGAGUCGGCCCCGAGGGCAUCGCCAUUUGCAAGGAGGACUUCAGCUUAGUCAACAGAAUAAGCUAUCCAAUCAUCCAGAUUGCCACCCAGUCGGGGAAGAGCGUGUACUUGACAGUUACCAAGGACACGAGUGACAGCGUGGUGCUUUUGUUCAAGCUGAUCAGUAACCGGGCAGCCAGUGGUCUGUACAGAGCCAUCACAGAGACCCACGCCUUCUACAGGUGCGACACAGUUACUAAUGCGGUGAUGAUGCAAUACAGCAGAGACUUUAAGGGACACCUAGCUUCCCUUUUCCUGAACGAAAACAUCAACCUGGGUAAGAAGUAUGUUUUCGACAUCCGACGCACCUCCAAGGAGGUUUACGACCACGCCCGCCGCGCACUCUACAACUCUGGUGUCGCUGACCUGGUGUCCGGCAGCGACGGACGCGCCUCUCCUUCGCGCUCCCCAAGCCAAGACGACCAGCAGGACGACGGGCUGGACUGCGGCAGCUGCCAGCUUAGCCGAGCCCUGCAGGAGCGGCUGCAGAAGCUCAGGGAGGCUCUGUUGUGCAUGCUUUGCUGCGAGGAGGAGAUAGACGCUGCCUUCUGCCCCUGCGGCCACAUGGUGUGUUGCCAGACCUGCGCAAAUCAGCUGCAGAUGUGUCCUGUGUGUCGGUCGGAGGUGGAGCACGUGCAGCACGUCUACCUGCCCACCUGCACCAGCCUGCUGAACCUGACGCUGACGGACAACCACCAACACCGCAGCAGCAUCCCCGUGCCCAUCCACAGAGAAAUGGCUUCUCCUCACAGCUGCUCUGCAACGGAGUACGACCACAAGAUCUACCACUCAUAAAGACGACUCCAGCGGACACUUUGGAACUGGGUUUCAUAAAGAAGGAACAUUUAUAGUCCGUCUGUUUCCUGCCUGGACUCCAGGAACUAUCAAACGUAUAGAGACUCCUGAGCACAUUCAAAGAUCGACACACUCUAACCACUCCCUAAACAAGUGUGUGUGUUAAUGUUAUUUACCAUCGUCCUUUUUGGACGUCAGUUUGGUUGAUAGUAUCGUUGCUAUUGGUUUGCAUGUCAUUCUGUCCAGAUCUUGUUUAUUUUAUAGAGCCCCUGCCACGAGAUUUUUAUUUUAGAUUAGGCUCUCAUUGUCUUUUUAAAUUAUUGCAUCAGUUGACCUGAUACAGAAUAGACACAUUCUUAUGUUUUUUAAGAUUUGUGUCAGUUGUUUUUCUCAGCUCCACAUCAGGCUCCUCUCCCAGAACCUGAACCAUAUGGUGAACGUUUGUGUUUUAGAAUAGCUAAACACUGUAAAAAGUGUUUGUUUAUUUUUUUAUUUUUAAUGCUUCCUUUUACAUUUGAAAGCUUCUGUUUUUGAUUUGAGAACUGAAUUUUAUUGUUUGAGUGAAAUGCAUUUUUUGACUUUAAGAAAUAUUUCUUUUCUUGUUUGUCAUGUUGUCCAUGCCAAUAAGGGGGUAUUUAGAGGCGAAGCGGCACUGCGCUCGGUAUAGCGGUGCAUACUAAUAAGAUAGACCAGGCGCUAAGACCACCAUGGUCCUAUUCUUGUGGUCUCAGUUCAAUGGGGUUCUUGAAGGUUUUUAGCCCACCGGGACUGAGCUUGAACGUGAAAUGCGGCAGCUUGCUGUCUCUCACACUGCCACCUUCACCUUGAAACGGGUAUUGUUGAUAAACUGCCACUUGUCCAAAACAACAAGCCUGAUUUCAUAGUCUGAUGCACCUUUCCAUUUGUAUCUCCACGCCAACAGAAAGUUAGACAUGAAGAGCACAAAAUGCUCUUCUACUAAAUGCAGUUCCACAAGGUUAUAAAGAAAAGAAAUCUGACUUUGUCCAGUAGCUGCUGCUUCCUCUGAAAACCUCCGCUAUAAAUCUCUCCUCUGGGAUGUACUAACGAGUUCCUUUUUUAUAUAUUUUUAAAGGGUACAAGGAGAUCUGUCCGUGCAAUACAUGCUUGCUUUUUGAAAAGCUUUUAAUUUUCAAGUUAUAUUUAAUUUCAAAGACUAUAUUUAAGAAGAAGAAAAACGACUGUCACUUUACCAAGGAAGUUGUCCACGUGUCUGUAGGGGGUUUGGCCUUAAUGUAGCAGCAACACCGUGUUUAUUAUAAACUUUCCACAGACUUUUUUUCUGGUAAGAAAAGGAAAACUUUUAUUUCUUUUAAUGCUGACUCGAUUAAGCUCAGUCGGUGCAGGGGAAGGACUUUUAUUUUUCACAUUUUACAAGUAGUGAUUUGUUUCUGUUUUCUGAAGCAAAAGCCACUUAUCUGUAAAAAAAAUAACUGCAUUAAACCCUUUUUUAUAUAUUCUGUUUUUAACAAGAGAAAGUAUUAAAGUUGUUUUUU